AUGGCCACCCUCGUAAUCCUGCACCACGCCUCCACCCCCUACGGUGGUGCAGGCCCCUGGCCCUACACUUCCCCCCGCUACUACCCCAACAGCUCCCCCGCCCUCGUCCUCUUCAACGCCACCAAUCAAACCUUCUUCAUGGGCUCCUUCUUCCUUGUCUCCGCGUACUUUUCCUCCAUCGCCGCGAAGAAGAAGACGAGGUCGCAGUUUCUGCGCGAGAAGUGGAGGAGGUUGGGUGUGCCGACGCUUGUGUUUUGUCUAGUGAGGGGGGGUUUCGUGAGGGGGAUAUUGGCGGGGAGGUUGAAGGGAGAAGGAUGGGGCGUGGUGGGGAGGGAGGUUUGGGAGGGGGUCAAGAGUGUGAGGGGGAUUAGAGGGCCGGUCUGGUAUUGUGCUACGCUUUUGAUCUUUGAUGCGGUGUUUGCUGGGGUGCUGCCGGGGUAUUUUGCGCGUGAGAAGCCGCUGGUGGCUAAGGAGAAGAAGACCUCUGGUACCGUCUCUAGCGAUAUCAAGGCCAGCGCAUCGUCGACGAAGACUUCAUCCCAAAUGGAAGUCACCAACGCCCCAGAGGAACCAAAGCCCUUCCGCACAACCCAUGUUCUAGCUACACUAGGCCUGAUAUCGACUUCAUCCUUCUUGAUCCGACUCUACUACCCCGUAGGUCGAGCCUUCUGGCCGUUGUUCCUCCAGCUGGCGUAUGUAUCCCAAUACGUUACUUACUACACCGCCGGCAUCUACAUCCACCGCUCAGGACGUUCACUCCAGAACGCCAUCUCUUCAUCAACCUUACGCAUCGUCGGCACCAUCACCGCCUCCAUCGCCUCCCUCAGUCUCUUCCACAUCAAAUUCCUACUCGACACCGGCAUGUCUUUCCCCGAGAUCGUCCCACUCAUCUUCGGUGGUCCCAACCUACUCGCGUUCCUCUACGCUUUCUUCAACGAAUUCGCUGGCUUGACCCUCGCUUCGCUCCUUCUGAAAGCUUUCCACAAUCCGCGUUUGGCAUUUCUUAGCAAGCGCUGGAUAGUUGGUAGCAUGGAUGUAGCGAAGUACAGUUAUGCGGCUUUCUUGAUUCAUGCACCUGUGGUCCUCGAUUUGCAGUGCUGGUUUGGAAAGAAGGGUUGGGAAGGUAUGGGGGCGGUGGCAUCGGCGGUUGUGGUGGGGGCUUUGAGUGUGGUCGAGUCCUGGGCGGUCGGGGUGGUGUUGAAGAAGGGUAUUGAGUGGGUGGGUUGGAGAGGAUAUGUGUGA